AGCUGUUGGCGGAUACAACAUCUCCAACCACCCUUCACUUGUAGCUUCAUUUCCUGUUUCUGCUGCUGCAGUUGGCACCAAGCCAAGAGCUACUGGUGCUCUGACAAGUUCGUACUCCACUCAGACCCAAGGACUUGAUCAAAAAGCAGCGUGAGGAUUUCGGAGAAGCCUUGUAGGAUGCAGGCCACAACAUCGGAGGAGACACUUAAGGUUAAAACACUGCAAGGAAGCACCAGCAGCUCAGGUCUGGGCAGCCUUCGUGGAGAGCUGCUCCUGCUUCUGCUCCUGGCAGCCCAUCUUCUGUCCGCCACCGGGGAGGCAGGGAAAAUCAUCAGGGGCUAUGAGGCCGAGCCGCAUUCUCGUCCCUACAUGGCAUUUCUUCAGAUCCAGACUUCAAGGAACAUUAUAUUCUGUGGCGGUUUUCUGGUGCGUGAGGACUUCGUGCUGACAGCAGCUCACUGCUGGGGCAGCUCAAUCAACGUCACCCUGGACCACAACAUUGAUGAGCAGGAGGGGACCCAGCAGGUCAUUCAGGUGAGAAGAGCCAUCCCCCACCCAGAUUAUGAUGAUGAAAACGUGGCCAACGACAUCAUGUUACUGCAGCUGACGAGGAAGGCCAACCUGACCACCGCUGUGAGCCCCAUCCGGCUGCCCCAGGGGAAGGAGCCGGUGAAGCCAGGCAUGGUGUGCAGUGUGGCCGGAUGGGGGCUUCUUGGCGUGAACAAACCUGCAGCAGCAAAACUGCAGGAGGUAGAGCUUGAAGUCCAAACAGACGAGCAAUGCAUCCAUCACUACAAACAUUACGAUGCCACCACCCAGAUAUGUGCAGGGAACCGAAGAUACAAGGAGAAUUCUUUUGAGGUGAGAUCCCCAGCGUUGUCCAGGCAAAGCCCUGGGCACAUCCCUGGCAGUGGGAACUAGCCAUAUCUCCACGUCUGCAACAUUUCCUCCUAUCCAGUCUCUGGUCCUGUCUCCCUGGGGGAUGGGAGA